AUGAAAGAGCAGUCAGGCUUUGAGAUGAGUAAGGGCUCUGCGACGCAUGCGGAGUUCUCUUCGGUGGGCAAUCAUGUAUCUGUGCAGAUCCCCGAGGUCACUUGGUGGAGACAUCCUGGAUUGCGGAGCUUGUACAUCAUGAUGCCUAUUCUCUUUCUUGGGUCUUCAACAAACGGUUAUGACGGGUCCCUACUCAACGGAUUGCAGACCAUGACACCGUGGCAGGAGUACUUUGGAAACCCUAGUGGUUCGACGUUAGGUCUCUACACUGCUAUUCAGAAUAUAGGCGGAGUGUGCUCGCUCUUAUUUUCAUCUUACGUCGCCGAUUACUUUGGGCGAAAACGAGGUGUUGCCAUCGGUUUGACAGUUCUUUUCGUGGGAACAAUAAUUCAAGUCGUCCCAUCCGUGAAUUCCGGCAUGUUCCUUGCAGGCAGAUUCCUCGUGGGCCUUGGAUCAAACGUGAGCCAGGGAUCUGCGCCCUUACUUAUCACCGAGCUGGCACACCCUCAGCAUCGAGGAAAGUUGACAACUAUGUACAACACACUAUGGUAUGUUGGGGCAAUUGUCGCAGCAUGGACUGUCUUCGGGACAAUAAAAUACACCUCGGAGGCUUCAUGGAGGAUCCCAGUAGCCAUGCAAGCAGCGAUGCCUCUCAUCCAGUUUAUCGGGAUAUGGUUUGUGCCAGAAAGCCCGCGCUGGCUCUGCGCUCAGAAUCGCUCGGAAGAGGCACUUGAGAUCUUGGUGAAAUACCAUGCAAGCGGUGAUAGAAAUGACCCAUUCUGUGCAUUUGAGUAUCAUGAAAUUCAAGAGACUAUCCUAAUGGAAAAGGAAAACUCCAAAAACGGAUGGCCUGUUCUAGUUCAGACCCCGGGUAAUCGCAAGCGACUCUUGCUUAUCGUUCUCGUCUCGUUCUUUUCGCAGUGCUCAGGCAAUGGCUUGGUAUCAUAUUAUCUUCACGAUAUACUCAGCUCUGUUGGAAUCGAGUCUUCUUAUGACCAGUCCAUGAUCAACGGGGGUUUGACCAUCUGGUGUUUCUUGGUUGCUAUCUGCUGUUCAUCAUUCCUUGUUGACGUACUUGGUCGUCGGAAGUUAUUCAUGAUCGCCGCAGUGGGUAUGCUUAUAAGUUUUAGCAUAUGGACAGGAUGCUCUGCAGUAUAUGCCAAGACCGGUAACUCUGGCGCAGGAAGUGCAGUCAUUGCAAUGAUAUUCCUCUUCUAUGGGGUAGCCGGCUUCGCAUGGCCCGGCCUGACUGUUGCGUACCCUGCUGAAAUUCUCCCAUUUAGUAUUCGCGCCAAAGGUCUCGCGGUCACUAUGGCAGUCACUGCUUUGUCGUCUGUAUUCAACCAAUACGUGAACCCCGUGGGUCUUGAACAUCUGCAGUGGCGCUUCUAUUUUGUUUAUAUCGCCAUCCUUGUGGUCGAGUGCUUUUGUGUAUGGUUUCUCUUCGUGGAGACAAAAGGUCCCACGCUGGAGGAAAUCGCGGCACUUUUCGAUGGAGACAAUGCGAAUGUCGCUGGAAAUGAGCGUUUGGCUCAUAACACAGAGACAAAAUCUGUGGAACCCUAG